CCACAACAAGGACGCUCAGAUCAUAGAUCAAUCUAUCAGAAGCUCGUGACGCGACCUCCAAUUACAGGCACUUGUAAAACAUCUAGUCUACUAUAGACGAACUCACGCAUACCUUUACGCUCCUCCAAAGUAGCACAAAACCUCUCGUCCCAACAACUAGCACAAAACUUAUCAGUAUCGGCCUGCUCCUGUAAGUAGUAGCACAAUCAACUACUCACCGCAUCAAAAGCUGUCUGCAAGACGUUGUAAGAAGUUUUCUGCAUAUAUUUUACGCCUUUUUGGCUCGUCGUUGUCGUCCUCCCACCGAUAGCAAAAAGCAAAAUGUUGCGCUCCAUGGUCUUCCCCACCUCGCGCGGAGGUGCAGUGUUUAUUUCUCUUUGCGCUGUUCUUUUCGCCGGGCAGCAUUACAACUCCGUCCAGGCUGUCACGUUGCGUGCGUCAUCUGCCUCGCCAUCUGCAGAUCCUGACCUCGCCUACAUGCCCCCUGAGAUGAUGGAACAAUACAGGCAAUACCAAUACCAAGAAAACCAAAAGAUAUCAACGGCAAAUGUGCGUGGUUCUGGAAUAAGAAGAAUGCAGAAGACAUUUGUGACGCGCCAGUUUUUCCGUCGUGACACAGGCCUAUUAGUAUCACAGGUUUAUAAUAACAUGAGUCGAUGUGACUAGAGUCCAAAUGUCUAAUCCGCAUGAAAAAUUGCGCCCUCUUGCGGUGACAUUAAGUAGGCGCGUUUAAAUUUUGACGCUGGCCAUGCAUGACAGAUUUUGACAUGAUGGAAAAUUCGUAUACACAAAAAUAGCAUCUUCAUUCCAGACCGAGGCUACAUAUUUGCGACGCAUAACCGUGGCAGCCCGUAACACAUUCUGACCUUGAUAAGUAUCAUGCGUAAACAAAACGUCCCCACGUCGGCUGCACAGUGAAGAUGGAAAUUCCGAUGCACAAAGCAACAAGCCUUGGCUCAUGAGUACAGUUUUAAGCUGAUGGGACGAGGACCAUUUGCAUCGUGUGUAGCUGCUAGUGAUCAAGCCGCAUCACAAAAGAUGAUCGAUCACCCUGGUCUGAUUCUAGCAUGACAAACUUGACGUAUCAGACAGCAUGGGAAAAAAAAAUGCUCCUCAUGGGGCAGGGGCUGCGCAGUGAGACAUUUUAGGCAUGCAGAUUUGUCGAAGACAACAAAGCUGCAGUGGGGACGUUUUUACGCAGGAUAAGGAGACCUAUUUGGUCCACCACCACCCCGAUCCGGCGCUCCGGGCGCUCCGGCGCCAAUUCCCCGGCAACAAGAUCGUGAAAAAGGAAGUGGACGAGGGCACCCUUAUAAGUGCAACCCCAAUCGAACCUACAGAGGAGUCUGCCCUAGUGAAGAAGGAGCUGGAACAACUCCGUGACGACAUCGCCAAAGCAUCGCGAUCAUUGCCAAAGCCGGAAGAGCUACGUGAUACAAGCAAAGUGGACAAGGAGCUAGAAGAACUCCGUCAACGCCUUCCCAAAGAAUCGGCGGAGCUGGAAAAACUAAGUGCUGCGUAUCAACUGCAAACAUUUCGGGUCUGGGACGAGAAUGCGAGAUUUCGAUUUGUCAUGCUAGUCUGGCAUGACUCUGAGCUCUGUGUUGCAUUCCCGCGAAGAGCUCCUCCUCCCUGUCAUGCAAAAACGCACUUUGUCAUGCGGAAUAAGAAUAUUACGCAACUCAGAACCAUGAAAAAAACUUCAACUUGUCAUGCUUGGCAGCGCAUCAUAGUGAAAGAAUUCACUACUCCCUUUCUUGCAUUACAAGUUAGUUUAAUAUUCCAGACCCAGACAUAUUUACAAUGCAUACUGAGGCGAAACAAUCACAAAAGAUUCACGCACGUACUGAAAUGAUGCCAUAUGAAUCCGUUCGGGCGGAUUGGAAGAAGGCACAAGAACAGCAAGAACUCGUGAAAAAACUCGAGACGCAGGAGGCCGAAUUGGCGAAAAAAUUGAGGCAGCUGCAAGAUUACAAUUCGAACGUGUUGAGGCAGCGGCAAGAUUACGCAGUGCAAAAGCAUCGUAUAAAUUCGAGACAGAGACUCGUACUAGACCACUACAAGAACAUUGGUCACGCAGUAUAGUUUUUUAGACAAAAAAUGAAAUUUGUUAUGCUGUUGCUGUGCUAUUUUUUCGCAAUAUUAAAAAAACAGCAGAUGAUGAUCAUGAUGAUGAUCUUCAUGUACUGAUGUGUCUGUCAUGCUGCAAAUACUGCGAUUGUUGCGACGAGCCUUACUUGUAUACGGUACUUUUGCACAGGAUGAAAAGAGGGAAGCGGCGGAACAAGACCGGAAAUAUAACCUGAAAGAACUGGAGAGCCAGCAGGCCAAAUUGACGAUACAGUUGAAGCAGCUGCGACAUUACGCACUGGCACCGCAAAAGCAUCGUAUAAGUCCGAUACUUCUCGUAGAAGACCACUACAACAUAAUUGGUCGCGCAGUACAAUUUUUUGGACAAAAAAUGGAAUUUGUCAUGCUGACGCUGUGCCAUUUUUAUAUCGCAAUAAAACUACAGCAGAUGAUCUUCAUCGUCAUAUGCUGUAUCUACUGUCAUGCUACAAAAAUUACUGUGAUCAUUGAUUGUUGCGACGAGUGUUACUUGUGCGGUGCUUUUGCACAGGAUGAAAAGAGGGAAGCGGCGGACGAAGGGGAAUUGCCUGAGAAGGAUCUCGCCCUGCGGCAGGAGGAGGAAUGGCAAUUGCUUGACGAGGAACAGUAUGAAUUGCAAAUAUGUCUGGGUCUCCUGGAAGAUUGCAACUUGUCAUGCUUUUAAAUCUGAACCAUGCAAGGUUCCGUGUUGCAUGAGUGCCAUCAAAUGCUGUCCGCUUUCGAGUCUGGAGGGAGGGACUUUCUCAUGCAGGAUAGGCAUGUUGACAGUGACCUCACAGAGUCUGAUGUCAUGCUGUGUCCCGCAUUUUUCCAGACCUCAUGGGCGGUCAUGGAAAACCUCCUGCAUGACAAGUCUACACUCCUCCAGACCCAGACAUUUUUACAUUUGAUAAACAGGAUUCCGCCAUGCGGGAACUUUUCCAGCAGGCUCGCGGCAAGUCAUCUUCAAAAGCACGGCGGGAGGGCAAGAAGAGAAGUACUAAAUAG